UCCAAGGAGGGACUAACCGCACCCAAACGUCAAGGGUUGGGGCGUUGCCCAUCAGCAAAAAAAUACACCGAUUUUAAGCUCUCGCGAGAGUUGGCAUGAAGCUGGCACCGCCAUAUUGAAGUAGGGAGAGGCCACCUCCAGUUUAUGUCGUUCUUCAUUUUUAUUUUGUUUUUUUUUUGUAACGAGGCAAAAGAUACUCGAAGGCUUCAGUGUGGCAUUGAGAACUGCACACCCGUAUAACAGGGGUUUCGAGCUUCUGAAAAACUGCGGCGGCGACGAGAGGAUGGUGCAAUCCUGCUCUGCCUACCGUUGCCGGAAUCGAUAUGACAAAGAGAAGCCCAUCUCCUUCCACAAAUUUCCUCUUACAAGACCUGAUCUCUGCAAGAAAUGGGAAACUGCUGUCAGAAGAAAAAAUUUCAAGCCAACAAAAUAUAGCAGCAUUUGUUCAGAGCACUUUACUCCAGAUUGCUUCAAAAGAGAAUGCAACAACAAACUGCUGAAAGACAAUGCUGUGCCAACAAUAUUCUGCCACACUGAACCAAAUGUGAAGGCUGAAGGCACUCAGGAACCAGCUGAAGAACCAUCUCCCCCUUCUCCUUCACCUCCACCGCCCCUGCAAACAGAUCCAAGACUAGUAGAUCCAAGCAUUGGAUUGUUAAUGCCUCCGCUUCACACUCCCAAUAAUAUUGCUGUUUUUUGUGAUCACAACUAUACGGUAGAGGAUACCGUACACCAGAGAAAAAGAAUUCAGCAGCUGGAGGAGCAGGUGGACAAACUGAGGAAGAAACUUAAGACUGCGCAGCAGCGAUGCCGACGUCAGGAGAAACAGAUUGAGAAACUGCGAGAACUCGUUCAGUUCCAGAAGGAAAAGGAUGUUCUGUCGGGCAAAGGGGGUUAUGUGAUUCUGCCCAAUGACUACUUCGAAAUCGUAGAAGUGCCUGCCUAAGAAGGUUUUUACUAUUUAUGGGGCACUGCCAAGUUCAGCCUCACCCGACUAAGUCAGAAGCUGAGUUUUAAAAAUGCAAUGCUUUUUAGUUCUUGUAUAUUAAACUUCACCACUCAAAACAAUAAUAAAUUGAUAUGUAAUUUGGUCACUGUGGAUUUGGGAAAUUUUUCAUGAUGAAUUAUUCAGUAUUAGUAUGUAACCCUGCCCUGUAUACCCUGCCUUAUGAAAUAUUGGAUUUCAUAUUGUUUCUUAUGCUUGUGCUGCAAAAUGCCAGUUUCCUUGUUUGUAUGGGUGGAUAGCAGAGUGUCCAAGCUGAAAGCAGGCCCAGUAUUGCCCCAAACAAGACCAGUUAUUACUGAC